AUGGCUUCCAAGGCUCGGGUGCUUUUGGUCGGCAGUGGUGGAAUUGGUACUAUUGCAGCCUUCAAUCUUGAGCACGGCAAUCUUGCCCAAGUAUCAUGUGUACUCCGCUCCAACUACGCCGCAGUUAUGCAAAGAGGGUUCGAGAUUACCUCGUCUGACCAUGGUCAUAUUCAAAGCUGGCGUCCAACUGAAAUAUUAAAUGCUGUUCCCCAUUUUCGCGGAAACGGUGACCGACCAUUCGAUUAUAUUGUCAUCUGUACAAAGAAUGUGCCAGAUGUUGGUCCCUCGCUAUGUCAGAUUAUAGGUCCUGCGGUCACUUCUCGUCAUACCGUGAUUACCCUGAUCCAGAAUGGCCUGAAUAUAGAGCGGCCUUUCUUGCUAUCCUUCCCUGAUAACAUUAUUUUAUCUGGAGUUAGCCGCAUCGACGCACACGAAGUCUCGCCUGGUGUGAUCGAACAAAAGCAAAAAGAUAAUCUCCAUAUCGGUGCCUUUCACAACCCCAAGCUUGAUAGCGAUAAACAAAGACGCGCUGCCGAGGAAUUUGUGAAAAUAUAUCGUGCAGGAGGCAAUACCACUUGUCUUCACGAGCCCGAUGUAGCGCGUGAUCGUUGGAGCAAGCUGGUCUACAACGCGACCUGGAACCCUAUCUGUGCGCUGACGGGAGUAAACACGGGGGAUCUCCGCCUUACGAAUUGUGUCAUUGAUGACCUUCUAUAUCCUGCUAUGAAGGAGGUGCUGAAGGUAUCGCAAGCAAGAGGAUGCCUGCUUCCCAUGAGCAUCAUUGACGAAACUAUCCAUUGUGACCCUGUUGAGGAAAAGGUCACCCCCAGCAUGCAGAAGGACUUGGAGAAGGGCAAUUUCAUCGAGCAUGAGAAUAUCCUUGGUGAAGUGAUUCGCGAGGCUCGAGCAGCCGGCGUGGCCACCCCAAUCUUGUCAGCGAUAUACGCACUUUGCUCUGGAAUUCAGUGGAAGACUAAAAAGGCUAAAGGUCUGGUUGAUUUAGCGAAGAAUUCAGACGCCAUUUAG